UCCAAAGCUGGCAAGGGCAGGGUAGGAAGAUACUUCCCAGACCUUUGAUCUGGGGUGGGGUGGGCGACCCUAACCCGCACCUCUACAUGCAGGGCGUGGGUCCACCAUCCUCCUCCCUGGCUGCGGCAGGGCUCCCCGCGUGUUCCCCGCGCGCCCCAGCUCUAAAGUAAACAGGGCCGAGGGGACCGGUGCCGCCCGCUCGCUGCCCGGCUGCAGCCGGCCGGAGCCAUGGCCGAGGCGGUGCCGGCCUCCCCUGCGGGCAGCCGCGGCCUGCACCGGGGCAUCAUCCAGUGGCUAGUUGACAAUUUCUGCGUCUGUGAAGGGUUUAGUGUGCCUCGAUGUCUCAUGUAUGAGAUUUAUGUGGAGACCUGUGGGCAGAGUGCUCAGAACCAGGUUAACCCAGCAACAUUCGGGAAGCUCGUGCGCUUAGUUUUUCCUGACCUGGGCACCCGGAGGCUGGGCACCCGAGGAAGUGCCAGGUAUCAUUAUGAUGGAAUCUAUAUCAAGAAAAGUUCUUUCUUCUACUCCCAUUACUGCUACCUCCUGGGUAAAAAGAGCUGUCACAGUGGUGAUGUGGUCACCUUUGGAAAAUCUACUGAUUAUAACAACGUUAUCCAACAGGAAGAAAGAUGUGAAAAUCACUCACCAAUUAAGACGGACUCGACGGAAUCACCUGUGUCUCCGUUCAGACGAUGUCCGUUUUGGGAACAAGAGCUGGCAAACAAGUACUCCUGUAAGCUGGUGGUCUUUCUCGCUGACGAGUACUGCAACUAUUGUCGAGACAUUUUACAGAGCGUGAGGAACCAAGAGCUGGAGAAGGUGGAGGACUUAAUCACAUCCUUCUGGAAAUCUCUGCAGCCAGACACGGUCAUGCUCACGUCACUGCCUGAUGUGCGCCAGCUCUUCGGAUGCUACGAUAUGCAGCUGUUUAAGGGCCUGGAGGACAUUCUCCUCCCUGACUUCCUGGAGGACGUUAGUAUCCAGUACCUGAAAUCCGUCCGGCUGUUCAGUAAGAGAUUUAAACUGUGGCUUCUCAGGGCUCUAGAAGGUUUCCCGGCCAUCUUACAGAUCUCCAAACUCAAAGAAGUCACUGGAUUUGUCAAAAGACUCAGGAGAAAGACGUACCUUUCCAACAUGGCAAAGACAAUGAAGAUGGUCCUAAAGAACAGCAGGAGAGUUGGCCUCUUGAAGUCAGAUCUGCGUGCCAUCAUCAGCGAAGGCACUUUGGAUAUUUCGAAGAAGGUCCUGGCAGGUGACUCAGACCAUGAAGAGGAUCUGGAGAGCCACACGGAGAUGAAAUGCUUGGGCUGUCUAAUUUCUUUGCUGGAAACCUCCACAGAUCUUGCUGAACUCCUGAACUGUGUGUCUUCAAAUCUCCAAGCUCUUGUCUUCCAGCCAAGCAAAAGCAAAGAGGAGUUUGUGAGGCUGGCUGCCGGCUUCCAGCUAAGAUGGAAUUUCCUGCUCACCGCUGUCAGCAAAGCCAUGACCUUGAGCCACAGAGACAGUUUUGGCGCCUGGCAUCUGUUUCAUUUACUGCUUUUGGAAUACGUGAUUCACAUACUGGAGUCGUGCGUAGAGGAAGAAGAGGAAGAAGAGGACCUGGGGAGUCUCCAGGACUUGCUGUCAGAUGACCAGUUUCUCGCCCAGCCGGACCAGGCCCUUUUCCAUGCUCUGGAUACUUUGCCAACGUCGGAAUGCACAAGCCGGAGUGUGGAGUCACCUCAGGUGACACUGAAACACAUGAGCCAGAGCUGCAGUCCCAUGGGUGUGAGCAGCAUGGUUCUCCAGGUGCUGGGCUUCCUGGUGGACACCGCCACAGGCAAUAAGCUCAUCCAGGUAUUGCUAGAAGACAAGGCCACUGAGAGCACCGUUAAACUCAGCCUUCCCGUGGGACAAGAAGCCCUCAUCACCCUAAGCAAUGGACAGAGAUUUGUAAUUCACAUAUCCGACGUGCCCCAAAGCUCGGAAAACACUUACUGCAGAAAAAUCAGCACAAAUAUGCCAGGUGGCCUGUUGGAGUAGGGCGUGAGGAGACAGGCUUGAAUUCUUAAAAUAUGUAUUAGAUCCUAAAGUUUUGUAUUGAUCCAAGAGAUUUUAUGUAUAUAAUAGAUGAAGCACUUUAUGUUUGUAUGUGUUUUGAGGAAUUGCUUUUGAUCAAACUAUAAACUAAUUUGGAGAAUGAUUCUUUUUGCCUCUUGUUUUCCUUUGGGUCCUGUUGGACAGCUCUCUUUGGGGACAGAACAGAAGACCAAUGUAAGCAAUUAUUAGGAGUGAGGAUUAGCUGUUUCCAGAGAAAGAUACAGUUUGAGGACUACAAAUUGGUGUUUCUCUUCCCCUUUGUUGUGACCCAAUCAAAACAGAACUUGUAGAAAACUCCAUUAGGCAAGAGGAAGCUCAUUGAAUUCUCCUGGUACUCCCUGGCAUGGCUAAAUGCCUGGUUCAUUACCCCAGUUUUCAAAGCAUGAGGUAGAAUUGUAAAUUCAAACAUGUCUAUGAUAGGCACCCAUGUUCCUUUUGUGAAGCAGAAUCUUAAAAAUUGUUGAAAUUUUGUGUAUCAUUGCCAUACAGAUAUAUUUUCUGCAACUGAUUAUGAUGUUUAAAAUGAAUUUUAGAAUUCAUGAUUUGCAUGGUUUCUG